AUGCAGGCAGAACCCAAAUAUGCAAGAUUCCAAUUUGAGGGUAUUAGUCCUGAGAUGGAGGAGAAGUUAGAUAGGAUGUUUUUGAACGUCACUGCCACUGGUAAGCAUUCUUGGGCACCUUCAUCUGGUGUACUUCCAGUUGAAAGUGAUGAUGAUAUCAAUCCAUUUGAAGUUAACGGUGAUUCGAAUGAGUCUGUGCCAAUUGAAAGCACUCAAACUACAAACAAUGUGCCAAGAAAGAGAACUAAUCAAUCACUUGAAAUUCAAGAUAAUAAUGAGAAGAAAGGUAAAGGAGGGGGGAAAAUAGGAGGUGCUGCAAAAUUAUCACUGCAAAUUGAACGUCUUGUUGAGGUGGUUGAGAGUAGGAGUACUGGAACAUCAAUGGCUAAUACAGUUUCACAAGGAACUAGUAUUGCUGAAGUGAUGAAAGAUGUUGCAACUUUACCUGGGUUAGAGCGUGGUAGCAAGUUAUGGUGGUUUGCAACUAAAUUGUUUUGUGCUCAGGAGAAGAGAGAGAUGUUUGUUGUCAUGGAAGAUCCUGACCUCAAGCUUCAAUUUCUUAAUCAUGAGUUAGCUGAAGGAUAG